AUGGCAGCGAUCAAACAACUCAUCACCUCAGCAGUGACAACAUUUCACGGGCAGCCGUCAAGGGACUGGGAGUCCACCGACGACAUCCAGCUUUGCAACGAGAUAUGGCCUGCAUUGGUUGAAGCAUACCCUCUGCAUCCCGAUCAGUAUUCCCACUUGGCCACAUUCGCUAAAGACCAAAUCUCAAAGCUGCGAACCCUUCGACUACAGAGGCCAGGAACUGAAGCAGAUAUAGUCAGAUUGGUGAAAGAUUUGCACACCCUAAUCAAUGAGCCCCGAGAAGAUGUCAUACAACGCUUCCAACGGUUUUUACAACUUGAUGAAGAAUCGAGUGCCGACCAAAAUUCGGUGACUAGGGUUCUUGAGAUUCUGGCUUCGCUAUACCUCACAACCACCAUUGCGAUAGAGAGAGAUCCUGAGAAAGCAGAUCAUGCCCCUAUUAAAUGGGAGAAAAGCAUCUGUUUACAGGCCGCGAUCAAUUCUUACAUGGAAAGAGAAGAAGCCACAGAAUGGUCUAUUUCGAAGUCAACAAUUGAUCAAAGGUUGAAAUUGCAUAGUUUGGUAGCAAAUUAUGGUUUUGAGGUGGACUGGACUAACGACUUCAACGAACACCUAAGAAUUGAUGAAUCAACUAAGGUUAUAUCAAUCUAUGAACAUAAGGUCUGGCUCUAUGCACACUUGCGACCAAAUACGCAAUGCCCGCUACCCAGAACCGCCAUGGAAGAAUGUCUCGAUACCCUCAAUAUCCUCUUCCCCCACCACGAACCAAGUACAGCCGCCUUUCUCAAAAGCCGAGGACGCAGUUUUCAUCUGCUCGGAAGCUGCGGUCGUAAACCAUCGAGGGAUCUCAGAGACUACCCCCGCUGGGGACGAAAUCUCGACCAACUCCUCAGGGUACUGGAAGGUCCCCCAUCAGGAAUUCGGCAGCUUCUUCCCAAGCCGAAAGAGGGGAAGCUGCUAGACUUGGUCAACUUUUGGAUAGCCGUUUCGGUGGCCUUUUUGACAGGAAUUAGCUUCGUAUUUGGAUUGAUGGCCGUUAUAUUUGCCAAGAUGUCGUAUGACGUUUCCCUAGAGUCGCUACGCGUAACCCGCGAGCAGUAUCUUCUAUCGCUAGCUCAGGCCUGUUCCGAUAAAGAGGUUCCAGACGCUCUGGUGCUGCCUCCGGGGGACUCAGCUCAGAAUUUCACCAACAAAUUCAGCUUCAAGGCACAAGACAUCUGGGCAGCGUCGAAUGCAGGCUGUGCCCUGUUUCAGGAAUGCACUCGCGUCCUCAGAGGACUGGGAGAAGAUCAAAAAGACGUUCCAGUAAGCUUGCGGGUUGGCUUUCGAAACGGCCGUGUCUUCCUCAAGGUCGCCAAUCGGCGGGCCUCCUGGUACGAAGCAUACACGAACGAGAAUGACCCAUGUAGCUCCUUCAUCUUGGCCAGGUCGGCAUAUACAAACCAAAACGCAACACAUUCCCUCUCACUCGCUAGAGAAUGGCUGUCCAGCUGCCUAGAAAAUACCGGAACCAACGCCCAUCAUCGAUGUGUGCCACCAAAUCCGACAGGAUUUAUGCCCUCACUGAUACUCAGGAUCACUCCCGACAAUGGAUCUUUCCGGUUAAAUCUCUGCAAGCCAGAUCAGACUCAGGUCGGACGAUAUGCGUGUCUGAGUUACUGUUGGGGAGGCGACCAAAAAACGAAACUAGGGAAAUCGAAUCGUUCAGCAUGGCUGACAGAUAUCCCCGUCGCUGACCUGCCGAUUGUCGUGGUAGAAGCAAUCACCGUGUUGAUGAGCCUGCAAUUCAACAACCUUUGGGUAGACGCGUUGUGCAUCGUGCAGGAUGACAAAGAGGAUGUUUCCAAGCAAGUCGGCAUGAUGCCGCAAAUAUACCAGAAUGCAACUGUCACAAUCACAGCCUCCACCUCCAGCACCUGCUAUGAGAGCUUUCUCAAACCCAAGUCGCCACCGCCAUUAUACCGAGCGGGACUGGCCCUGGCUGUCGAGUUACCAAACACUGAAAGGGGAACAAUGUUUCUUCGCGACUGUGACGACGAUGUACCUUUCCGGGAACCUGUGAGUCAGCGAGCAUGGACCUUGCAAGAGAACAUCCUCUCGCCCCGUUUACUCGAGUACGGAUAUGAGCGAGUGAGAUGGUCUUGCAGGAGCCUUCAGACAUCCCAAGGUGGCAGCAUCCAAAGUCCAGGACAGUACAGCUCCCGUUUUAUUUUCUACAACUCGCUCGGCUCAAAUAUAGGAGCGCAUCCACAUGAUCAACGAGCGGUAGCAUGGUGGAGAGUCCUCAGCGACUUCACGCGCCGAGGACUCUCGUUCCCCACAGAUAAGUUACCAGCCAUUUCGGCCAUCGCCUCCGAGCUCGCUGCGAGCUCGGAACCUCGAGAUGAUUACUUGGCUGGGCUGUGGAGGAGAGAUUUGCCUCUGCACCUUCUAUGGCGGGCAGACUUCCCCAGGAGGGCUCGGCCAAGAUCGUACCGCGCGCCGUCAUGGUCCUGGGCGGCUGUUGAGAGUCCGGUGUUUCACCCUCACGCGUCCGAUGGAGAAGAGGAGUGGGCAAGAACGGCCGACUUGGCAAGAUGUCUAACAGUAGUUGGUUAUUCGGCCGAACCGGUCUCGCCAGCUGCAAUGUACGCCGGCGUUCGGUCAGCUCACCUCAUCGUGCGGGGUUUCGUGCUGGAUGCUAGAUUGUUUCGUACAGGGACUGAGUACGAGAUUCAGUCGCCGUUGAUCCACCUUCAAGAGCGUACCAAAACCUACUAUCCCGAUGCCAUCGAAGACGAGGGUUUCCUGGCGGGUUCAGCGGGGCGAGAUGUCAGUCUCCUGCUUAUCAUUCCUCAUAGUACGGAGUCCAGUCCCCAAGGAAUAGUGUUGAUCCAGCGGGAGAAUGAACAAACCUUCAGUCGAAUCGGCUACUUCAUUCUCAAAACUGGGCGUGGAAUCGCAAAUAGCCAGGAUUCAACAAAGCUUGGGGUUCAGAAUACCCUGCCUCCAGGGGAUUGGACAAAUAGAAAUGUUCGUAUUGAAUAG